AUGUUACCACUAGGUUAAAAUGACUACCCUUUAUAAAGUCCAAAUCUUGCAAAUUCAAUGGUACUGAUAAGCAAAAGAAAUCUCCAUAAUGAGGAGGAUGAAUUUUUAUCCAAUUUUAAAACUAAGCAAUCCUAAUUUAACAUGCUUGAAAAAAUAAAGAUAUCUCGAGAUGCAAGUGAAUAAAGCAUUGCUUCUUAAGAGGAAUCUGAUGAGUUUAAUAAUUAAUUAGGCUUUAAAAACAGGAUAUGGAAAGACAGAGCCCUUAAUAUAAUAGUUCUUGUAGCCCGAUUUGUGACUUACCUAUUAACUAAUUCGGAUAAAUUUAAAUUAAGAUAUCUAGAUCAUCGGCAAUUCAAAGUUAUUGGAGAUAAAGCAGCUGACUUCAAUUUUUACUUGACCCAUAAAUUAAUAAGAGCUAGAGAAAAAGAAGGGUCAUGGGUAGUUAUUAUUAAAUAUUAUAUUAGUAAGCAUUGCAAACAAAAUUUAAAAUGUAUAUGGGUUUCCUGAGAGUUUUUUCCUCAAUAAUUAAGCCGAUUAAACCAGAUAAUAUACUAAAAUUAUAAUGGGAUGUUGUUGUGUUUUUAAUUCUUUUGAUAAACAUAUUAUAUAUUCCACUUAAGAUUUCUUUUGAUAUAAAUGUGGUUGAUGGUGUAGAUUUUUUCCUUGACACUUUACCUUAGUAUGUGUUUGUAUUUGAAAUUUUGUUGAACUUCAAUGUGGCAUAUUAUUCAAGAGGAGUGCUUGUUUUGAAUCGAGGAUAAAUAUUUAAACAUUAUUUAAAAGGAAAAUUUAUUCUAGACUUUAUUGUUGUAAUCCCGUUUGUGAUUGGUAGAUAAAAUAUUCCAUAUAUAGAAUUUGUGCUAUUAUUCAGAGUUUCAAGAGUAAAAGUUAAUAGUUAGUAUUUAGGUUAUGCAUAUUUUUGAAAAUAUUGUUGAAACACUUAAUCUUCGAGUUAAUUUUGCAUCUGCAGUAGACAUUAUAUCAUUAAUGUCAACCUUUUUGUUUGCAUCCCAUAUCAUAGCUUGUUUUUGGCAUUUUAUUGCCAUACAAGAAUCGGAGUUCGAAAACAACACAUGGAUACAGAGAGCUUAAUUAUCAGAGGAGAAUUGGAAGGUUAGAUAUCUUACAAGUUUUUACUGGGCAUGUAUCACAACCUUAACAAUCGGAUAUGGAGAUAUAAUUCCAGUAUUUAUAUCUCAUAUUUUGAGGUAACCAAGUAUGAAAAAGUAUUUGUCAUUUUUGUUACAUUGUUGAGUUCAAUCAUCUUUGGUUACACGAUUUCUAGUAUUGGAUCUAUUUUUGCUUAAAUGAGUGAAAACAAAAAUUAUCUCAGAGAUAGAAUGACAAUGAUCGACUCCUUUCUUAAGAAGAGAGGAUUAAACAAGGAUUUAUAAGUUAAAGUUAAGAAGUUCUUUGAAUAUUACCUAAAAUAAGAAAGAGAUACUGAAUCAGAAUGCGAAAAAUUAUUGGUUCAUCUAUCAGGAAAUCUUAACAAAGAGGUUAAAAUAGAUUUUUAUAAGAAUUUGCUGCAAAAUUCCAAAUUAAUUAGAUAAAAUUUUUCUAAUUAAUUUAUAGAGAAAUUAUGCAUUUUGGUUAAGGAAUAGACCUUUGUGCCUGAAGAAAUCAUAUCUAUUGAAGGGUAAGAAAUUUAUCAUUAGUAGAUAAAAAGUAGACCGAAUCUACUUCAUUCUAAAAGGAGAGGUCGAGGCUUAUAUUAGUAACCAUAAAAUUAUUAAAGUAUACCAAAGAAAUUAAGCUAUCGAUGAGAAAUCGUUUAUUUCUUAACAUCCCGCUUUGUUUUCAACAAGGGCUGUCAAAUUUUCUAAAUUAGCCUACAUUACAUACGAUGACCUUCAAGAAUUGUUAAAAUAUAAUCAAAAAGAUCGAGAACAUUUUUAUUAUGUUAAACAUUAGAUUGAAUUUAAUGGAAGAGUUAAAAUGGGAGGAUGUGAAUUGUGUCGUUAAAAUCAUACAUUUACUAGAUGUCCUUUUGUAUUUUAUACUCCUAAUUGCUUAAGAUUAUUUAAAAAAAAUGAUCAUGACGAAAAACAAAAAAGAACCUUUAAAUAAAGGAGAAAUGAGAAAAUACAUAAUGUAAUGUAAAUUAAUUAUUAAUUAAUAGAACACCUUUGGUUCAUUGAGAAAUCUAUAAUCCUUGGUUUUCAAUUUCUGUGCAGCUCAAGGAUUCCUCAAUGAAAUAGGACUUAAUUCUGAAUUUAUUAUUUCAAAUAGAUUCCAUAUGCAAUAAGAUUCAGCUUAAGAAGAAUAGGAAGCGAGUGAGUCAAUCUCAUAAAAUGAAUCAGAUAAAAAGAUUCGCUCAUAAAAUUUAUUAUUGUUUAAAAGAGAUUCUAAAAGAAAGGAUUCAGAUGUCAAUAAUAAAGAGGAAAAAUCAAGUAGAUCAAAACGAAGACCAACUAAAAUAUCUAUCUAGAAAGCCCAUUAAUACAGAAAUUUUGGAUCACAAGAUAGAGAUACAACUCCUAUUGAAAGAAAAAUUAAAUCAAGUGGUAAAAGAGGCACUAUUAUAAUAAAUUAAAUCAAAAUGGACUAAAGUUAAAAAAUGGAAGAAGAACAAAAUUUAUUCUAAACUCCUUUGACAUUAACUUAGCAGUAAUCCUAAUAAUAAUAUUAAUAACAAUAACAACAAUCAUAAUAAUAAUAAUUAUAAUAGUUAUAAUCAUACUCUUCAGAAUAAAAUAAAUCUUAUGAAAUAGACCAAGUUUUAUUUAUAGAAAUAGAAAUUUCUAGAUUGAUGGCUGCCAAAGAGUGUGAUAUUGAUACUUAAACUGAAAUGGAGUUUUAUGAUACUGGAUUUAACUUAGAAUAGGUUGUUACCAAAUUAAAAAAGGCUACAAAAUUACCAAUAAAAUUAAAAAGAAGGAAAAUGAGAAAAUCAUUGGCGCGAUCUUAGUCCAUUCGCCAUAUUAGCCAAACAAGGCUAUGA